ACUCCAAGACCGAAAAUUGAUCCAGAUCAGAUCCCUUCUCCUGUCCAAGUACAAGCUCAAAACCAAAAUAUAUAUCGCGACCAAGAGUAUGGUACUUGCUCCAAAGAUGUUAUGCCCUUAAGCACAACAAACUUCCGGGCAAUUGAUCAAGGAAACUGCAAUCCACGGUUUAUGAGAAGUACCUUACGCGAAAUACCAGUGUCUUACGAUUUGUGGAACGAUUCCGGAUUGCCCUUGGGCCUUAUAGUCCAGCCAUUGGCUGAUUUACACCAAGCGGACGUACAAGUUCCGCUGGCUUCAACUAGUGCAGAGGGUCCAGUUCGAUGCCAGAGAUGUAAAGGCUACAUUAACCCAUGGUGUCGAUUUGUGGAUGGCGGUCGUAAAUUUAUGUGUAAUUUAUGUGGAUUUGAUAAUGAAGUUCCUAGUGAUUAUUUCUGCCACUUGGAUAUGACAGGUUGGCGAACCGAUAUUGAAUUUCGACCCGAAUUACAACUGGGAUCCGUCGAGUUUGAUGUUCCGGAAGAGUACUGGACACGCAAACCAGCGCCCGUUUCUUUAGUUUUUGCAAUUGAUGUUUCCUGGAGUGCAGUUAAGAGUGGAAUGGUGGAAAGUGUGUGCUCUGCAAUCCAGGGCAUCCUGUAUGAAGGAUCCGGACUGGACAAGGAGACAAAGGUUGCUAUCUUGACAUUUGAUAGUUCUGUGUGCUUCUACAAUAUCAAGGCAAGUAGGGCUGAACUAGAACAGGCACAGAUGAUGGUGGUGUCGGAUGUCAAUGAUAUAUUCUUGCCCUUGUCAGAAGGGUUUCUUGUUGAUCCAGUGGCAUCCAAGAGAGUUAUCGAGGAUCUCCUGCGACUCCUGCCUAGCAUACACACCAACAACAGAGCCACUGUUGCAACUAUGGGAUCUGCUGUCCAGGGCUCCCUUUUAGCUUUGAAAGAAACUGGUGGAAAGGUCCAUAUAUUUCAAAGCUUGCUACCCACUCUUGGCCCAGGGGCACUAAAGGGUCGUGAAGACCAGAAGCUGUAUGGCACCGAUAAAGAAAAACAGUUAUUUUUACCCCAGAACCCUUUUUACACCACAAUUGGAAAAGAAUGUGUUCAGAGUGGUGUGUGCGUUGAUCUUUGGUUAUUCCCUCAGAAUACGAUUAUGGAUCUCAGUACUUUGGGCGUUUUACCUGCUCUGACGGGUGGUGAUACUCAUUUUUAUCCAAACUUUGAUUCCUCGCAACAUGGUGCCUUGGUCCAUUCACUGGAGCGUAGCUUAAAGCGUGAACAGGGAUACAAUGCAGCUUUGCGUGUUCGGUGCUCCAAUGGCAUUUCUAUUGAGGAUCAGUAUGGAAACUUUGAUAUGCAAAAUGCAACGGACAUUGAACUGGCAGGCAUUGAUGCCGAUAGUUCUAUUGGAUUCUCUUUGAAGUACGAUGCUAGACUAAAAGAUACCGAAGAACUGUACUUCCAAUGUGCUCUUCUUUACACCACUACCAGUGGACUGAGGCGUGUACGAGUUCACACUCUGUGUUUGCCAGUUACCGGCUCAAUGCAUAGUAUAUUCAAGCACGCAGAUGUUGAAGUGUCUUUGAGUUUGAUAUCAAAGAAAAUUAUUUCUCAAGCAACAAAGCGAUCGUUGAAUGAGAUCAACUUAGAUCUCGAUGUUCAAUGUGUUAAGAUAUUGACGGCUUAUCGCAAAUAUUGUGCUGCAUCAUCAUCUCCUGGACAGCUGGUACUUCCGGACUCGUUUAAAGUACUUCCUAUAUAUACCCUUUGUCUAAAGAAGAGUGCCUUGUUACGCAGGGAUCCCAAUGUAACGAGUGAUGUACGAGUAUAUACCAUGCGGGCUAUCAAGUCAGCAUCAAUCGCAGAGACUAUCAAAUGGAUCUACCCCAGAAUGAUUAAAGUACAUGAGAUGUUAGUACAGGAUAAUGUAAAUGUGACUCCUAUGGAGAGACUGUCAUACAGCCGUCUAUCAAGUUCCGGCAUUUAUUUGAUCGAGAGUCAUAUUUACACUUUCUUAUGGAUUGGGCAACAUGCUACACCUGAACUCCUUCAAAAUGUCUUUGGUGUCACUCAAUCGGAUCAUAUUGAUUCUUGCAUGACUCAAAUUCCCGCUCUAGACAAUACACUUUCCCGCCAACUUUGCGAAUGUCUGGAUAAUGACUAUUCAACUUCGCCAGAAAAGGCUCGCCUUUAUAUAAUUAGACAGGGUUUGGAUUCUGAACAGGAAUUUGUAAAGACUAUGGUAGAAGAUGAAACGUAUGGCCAAAUGAGUUAUGUAGAUUAUCUCUGUUUAAUCCACAGACAAGUCCUAAGUGAGCUUGAGAAAGAUAAACAGGAAGCGAUCGUAUCCUCUGCUUCUUACUGGGCCUAUCGUUACUAAUAUAUAUAUAUAUAUAUAUAUAUAAAGAGUCUCCCGGGUUUGGAAAGUAG